AUGAUAUCCGCAUCAGUGACGAUGAAUGUCAGAGAAGCCUUUUUGGUAAAGUCAUCGGUGAUCGGACAGCGAGCUGUAUUGGAAUUAGGUGUGCAAUGUCCCAGAUAUGGAGGCUCAAUAGGUCAUUUAGACCGUGGGUGUCCUAAGAAGAUGGAAGAUAUAGUUAAUAACUCUAUGAAAGAAGGGCAAUAUGGUGAUUGGCUGAAAGCAGCGGAUGGGCAAAGAUGGGCACCUGGUAAUGUCUCUGGCUCAAGAUCAUCUCCACCAAGGGAGUCUCCUUCAAUGGCUGAGAACACUACUGCACAGGGAGCUUCAUCAAGCCAGACUGGUAACAAUCAGCAACGAUUUCAAAGUCAAGAAGACAUCCCUUCUCUAGUAAAGUCAGUAGCUGCUACAUCUUUUGUCUCAGCUAACAAGGUACCAACCCCAAGAGAGGAAAUGGUGGAAAAUAAUCUCCAGCUAGUGGAAUCCUCAGUGAUGGAGCCUCCUCUUAUCAUUGACCAACUAGUAAGGGGCAAGAGAGUCAGAGUUGAUAAUGAGACGGAUGAAAGGUCCAAGGAACCUCUACUACAAAUCAGGUUCAAUCUAAAAAACUCAAAACUCAGUCCAAAAGGACGGCUGUGUGGGCCCUCUACAAUUUCCCAAAUCAGAGAGUUAUUGAGAACUCACCACCCAAAUUUUCUAUUUUUAUCUGAAACCAAAAAACAAAAUGCUUUUGUGAAGUCUGUUUGUAAAAUAUUGGGUUAUGAUAGUAAAUUGGCUAUAGUGGAUCCGAGUGACAAGAGAAGCUCAAUGGGCAUACAUGCUCAUAGACAAAUAGCUCUGGGGUCACCCUUAGUUUCAAUUGGGGACUGGAAUGAUCUGAUGUCACAUAAUGAAAAAGCAGGUGGCAACUCUAGAAAUAUGACCAGUUUUCAAGGCUUCCACAAUUUUAUUAAUGCCAUGGAAAUGUCAAAAGUCAAGUUUGAAGGAUAUACUUACACCUGCUGCAACAACAGAGCUGUUCCUCAUUUAGUGGAGGAAAAAUUGGAUAGGGCUGUUGGCUCACUGGACUGA